AUGACCAUUCUCGAUAUCACCAAAGAUCUCCCGACACUCUUUAAGAAACAGGUGCAGGCCACCCCGGACGCCAUCGCGCUAGAGGAUGAAACAACCUACACAUACCAACAGCUAGACCACGAGGUCGAAGCUCUCGCCAGUCGAUUGCGGACCUAUGGGGUGAGUCGGGACACCCUCGUGGGCGUACUUCUGCCACGCAGCGCAGAUUACGUGAUUGCGUGCCUGGCAGCGCUUCGUGCUGGGGGCGCCUUUCUGGUGCUGGAACUGGCUUACCCCGCGGACCUCUUGGCGGAUGUCAUCGAGGACGCAAAUCCCGCCGUCAUUGUCACCCAUCGAUCAGAGGCCGACAAGAUCAAGGCCCCUCUCCCAGUGAUCGCCCUGGAUGAUUCAGUGGCGGAGGCCAAUGGCGCUGCCAAGGAACCUGCGCCGUUGCCCGCCGAUGAGGAUUUGGACCGUUUAGCCUUUGUUUCGUACUCAUCGGGGACGACGGGAAAACCAAAAGGAAUUGCCAAUCCUCAUCGUGCGCCGGUGUUGUCGUAUGAUCUGAGAUUUGCGGUGCAGGAUGUCCAGCCUGGAGAUCGGGUGGCCUGCAAUGUCUUCUUUAUCUGGGAGAUGUUGCGCCCAUUGUUGCGGGGAGCCACGGUGGUGAUUGUGCCCGAUGAAACGAGCUAUGAUCCGGCCGCCCUGGUCGACUUGUUGGCGGCUAAAAAGGUGACCGAGACCCUGAUGACGCCCACACUGUUGGCCACGGUUCUCUCCCGCUACCCGCGCUUUGGCACACGUGUUCCCGAUCUGCGCAUUAUUUGGCUGAACGGCGAAGUGGUGACUACGGAUCUGGCUCGCAAGGCCAUCAAGAUUCUUCCCAAUACUCGUCUGCUCAACUGCUACAGUGCGUGCGAAACCCAUGAGAUUGCGUGUGGAGACAUCCGCGAGAUCAUUGACGAGGAAGCGCUCUACUGCCCUGUUGGCCCUCCCCUCGAUCCCUCACACACAUAUAUUCUGGACGAAGCCGGCAAAGAAGUCGAGACCGGCACAUCGGGAGAGCUAUUUAUCGGAGGUCCCCUGUUGGCCCGAGAAUACAUCAAUCUACCCGAGGCUACGGCCAAGGCUUUCACGCCCGACCCCUUUGACACUACACCCGGCGCUCGGGCUUACAGGACCGGUGAUCUAGCGCGCAAGUUGCCGUCGGGACUCCUCGAGAUUACUGGUCGGGUGGGCGCUAUGAUCAAGCUCCGCGGCUACUCCGUGGUGCCCGCAAAGGUGGAGAGCGACAUCUGCCAAUACCUGGCUGUUAGUCAGUGUGUCGUGAUUGCCUAUGGCGAGGGGCUGGAGCGACAAUUGGUUGCUUACAUUGUCCCCGAGAAGGAGGCGUCAGAAGAUCGCCCAGCGGUCACCAUUAACGAGUCCGGCCACAGUCCUUCGGCGCGCCGUGCUCUUGAGAAGAACCUUGCCCACUACAUGAUUCCCGCCCUGUGGGUUGCACUCGAGCAACUUCCUACUAGCGAGGUGUCUGGAAAGGUUGAUCUGAAGAGCCUCCCAACCCCCCGCAGUGGAAGCCCCAGCGGUAGCGAGCAGAGUGGCGGAAAGGACCCCAUCAGCCUUGGUGAUAUCGCUGCCAUCUGGGAAACUGUGCUUAAAAUCUCGAAGAAUCUGCUGAAGCCCGAAGACAGCUUCUUCGAUCUCGGUGGACACUCAUUGUCUCUGGCCGAUCUGUCAUCGAAGCUUUCCAGACGGUUCGGUUUCCGCAUUCCUAUUCCUCGUCUCGCUGAAAACACCACCCUCUCCGGUCACCUGGACACUGUGCGUGCCGUCAGAGACGGUCACACCGAAGAGGUGCAAGCCAACUUGCCUGCAGUGCUACUCUCGGACUCUACUCUGGAUGAAGACAUCAAGCCCUCUACCACUACUAUCACUUCGAUCAAUGAGGCAAACACAGUGCUCUUGACUGGUGUGACUGGUUUCCUAGGCGCGUUCCUGCUGAAUGACUUGAUCGAGAACACCUCGGCUCACAUCAUUUGUCUUGUUCGAUUCAGUGACCCGGAGCAAGAUGACCAGGCUGGAGGUGUGGCUCGAAUUCGUCGGAAUUUGCUCGACAUGGGACUUUGGCGCGAUUCAAUUCUGGAGCGUGUUGAGGUUCUUCCUGGCAACCUCUCUCGUCCUCGCUUGGGCCUGUCCCCUGAGGUCUUUGAUGAGAUCGCGUCCCGUGUUGAUGUCAUUGUUCACGCUGCCGCUACUGUCAACCUUGUCUACCCCUAUGCCGCACUCCGCGGUGCAAAUGUUGGCGGAACCAGAGAGAUCCUUCGCUUGGCCGCUAAGGGAGGUGCAACUGUUCAGUAUGUCUCUACAAACGGAGUUUUGCCCUCCUCUGGGGAGAACGGCUGGCCCGAGAGUACCAUGCUGUCUGCGGAAGAAGUCCCCAAGAAGCUACUUGAUGGCUACGGUCAGACUAAGUGGGUUGCCGAGCAGCUCGUGCUCAAGGCUGGUGAACGCGGAUUGCCCGUCAAGAUUCACCGAUGCGGUACCAUCAGUGGCCACAGUAUCACUGGUUCUGCUAACGCUUGGGAUUUGCUCACUGCCUUGAUCGUUGAGUCUAUCCAGAUUGGAUACUUCCCAGACGUGGAAGGAUGGCGCGCAGAGAUGACUCCAGUCAACUUUGUCAGCAAAUCCAUCGUUCACUUGGCCACUCAAACUCAGACCGACCAAACUGUUUUCCACCUGGGCGACCCCAAGCCGGUCGACACCCGAUCCGUCUUUGAGGAUCUCAAGGAGCUUGGAUAUCAGACUAAGCCCCUUUCUUGGGACGAAUGGGUAGCCCUUUGGUUCGAGAAGAGAGGCACAGCCAAGGGUGGAGAUGGAUCUUUCACCGUCGACAUUCUUCGCAGUGGUAUGCCAACUGUCGAGUUCCUUCGGGAUAUCGUGGUCCUCGACAACGCCCUGACCAGACCUCUCCGUGCCGAGGUUGAGCGACCCAAAGUGGACAGCCUCCUGCUGGAAACCUACACUCGUCACUGGUUUGCUCGAGGAUGGUUGCCCCGACCUCCGUCUCGCCAACAUGCUCUCAAGCGCGCUGUUGAGCCCACCGUGAAGGGCCCUCUCAGCGGACAAGUAGCCGUGGUCACCGGUGCGUCCUCGGGCAUUGGCGCGGCGGUAGCAGCCGCCCUGGCCAAACAAGGCUGCGCCGUCGCACUAGGUGCCCGUCGCCUCGACGCUCUCGAAAGCACCAAGCGCAAGGUCGAAGCCCACGGUGUCAAGUGCAUCCUCCGCUCAACAGACGUAACAAGCAAGACCCAAGUUGAAGACCUAGUGAAAGCCGCAAGCGAGGAGCUCGGUCCAGUCGACAUUCUCGUCGCCUGCGCCGGUGUCAUGUACUUUACAAUGAUGGCCAACACCCAGAUGGACGAGUGGGAGCGCACCGUCGACGUGAACUGCAAGGGUCUCCUGCACGCCCUUUCCUCCACCGUCCCCGGUAUGCUCUCUCGGGGCCGCGGCCACGUCGUCGCCAUCUCCUCGGAUGCAGGCCGCAAGGUCUUCCCCGGCCUGGGAGUCUACUCUGCCAGCAAGUUCUUCGUCGAAGCAACCCUGCAAGCGCUCCGUCUCGAGACUGCCGGCGCUGGCCUGCGCGUGACAAGCAUCCAGCCCGGAAAUACAUCUACAGACCUGCUGGGCAUGUCUACGGAUGCGGAGGCAGUCAAGAAAUUCGGCGAGCCAUCUGGAGCGAAGAUCCUUGACCCUUCGGAUGUUGCCAAUUCAAUUGUUUAUGCCCUUACUCAACCGGAACAUGUCUCGGUCAACGAGAUCCUGGUUGAGCCUCGUGAUGAACCUAUUUAA